ACAGCUGCACCACAGGAGCGGGAGGCGGCAGCUAAAGCAGAGACAAGAUCCCCCCCCCACCUCCCCCGCCCCUUCCUUGCGAGAGAGGAGAACAAAAAACUCAACCCACCGCCCCAGCCCGGCCAGCCUCCACCGACAGCGCCCGCCUGGAAAGUUGCAGCGGGCUCCGGCUCCGCUCCUGCCGGGCACGGGACAGGAGGCGCAGGACUUACAAAGCGAGCCCAGCCGGGCACAGAAUCGCUCCUGCUUUUUCCUUGCGGAAGAGGCCAGCGACAAGCCCGGCGCUGCGCUGGGGUAGGGGGCUCCGGCGGCUGCCUUCCGUCCUCCUCGCCCGGGGGCGUUUCUUAGCCGGGGGGAGCCCCGGCAGCCUGCCUCGCAUUGCAGGCGCCGCUCCGCCGCGCCUCGCGGCCCGGCUGCCUCCGCCUCCUCUGUUCGCUUGGCUCGGCUGCCCUCCGCGAGCCGGCAGCGGCAGAGUUGCCCUGGACUCCGCGGGAGAGCCAGACGGUGCCCUGGAGUGAGCCAUGGCCGGCGAGCUGAGCAUCGGACCCGAACUGCCCACCAGCCCCCUGGCCAUGGAGUACGUCAACGACUUCGACCUGAUGAAAUUCGACGUGAAGAAGGAGCCCCUGGGCAGAGCCGACCGGCCCGGCCGCCACUGCACCCGCCUGCAGCCAGCCGGCUCCGUCUCCUCCCCCCCCAUCAGCACGCCCUGCAGCUCCGUGCCCUCCUCGCCCAGCUUCAGCCCCACCGAGCAGAAGACCCACCUGGAGGACCUGUACUGGAUGGCCAACAACUACCAGCAGAUGAACCCCGAGGCGCUCAACCUCACCCCGGAGGACGCGGUGGAAGCCCUCAUCGGGUCCCACCAAAUGCCCCAGCAGCUGCAAAGCUUCGAGAGCUUCCGGGCCCACCACCACCACCACCAUCAGCACCACCACCAGUACCCGGGCGUCACUCACGAAGACUUGGCCCCCAACGGCCACCCGCACCACCAUCACCACCACCACCACCAUCACCAGGCGUCCCCCACGCCCUCGACCUCCUCCACCUCCUCCCAGCAGCUGCCGAACGCCCACCAGCAGCACCCUGCCUCCAACAGCGUGGAGGACAGGUUCUCGGACGAACAGCUGGUUUCCAUGUCGGUGCGGGAGCUCAACAGACACCUGAGGGGCUUCACCAAGGACGAGGUGAUCCGCCUCAAGCAGAAGAGGCGGACGUUGAAGAACAGAGGCUAUGCCCAGUCCUGCAGGUAUAAGCGAGUCCAGCAGAAGCACCACCUGGAGAACGAGAAGACCCAGCUGAUCCAGCAGGUGGAACAGCUCAAGCAAGAGGUGACCCGGCUGGCCAGAGAAAGAGAUGCCUACAAGCUCAAGUGUGAGAAACUUGCCAGCACUGGCUUCAGGGAGGCUGGAUCCACCAGCGACAACCCAUCUUCUCCCGAGUUCUUCAUGUGAGUCCUUUAAAAACACAACACUCCCCGGUCUUCCCCCACCCUUCCACCUCCCCGCUUCUCCUAUCCUCCUCUGACAUCUCCAUCCAUCUGCCUGCUUGAAUAGCGAGAAAGAAGGGAGAGGAAGAAGAGAGACUUAAUAUUUGCAGCGUUCUGACUUAUAGAUUAGCUGUGAAAAGUAGGCUGGGGGCAGGUGGGAGCGAGAAAGUGAAACUUUUGUAUCUUUAGCUUGCCAGCUAAAGAAAGAAACAGAAGAAAGGAAGGACAUGUAACGCGUUUUUAUAGAUCGCUUGCUUUCAGAACUCUCUGGGCUCGAUUUUUUUUUAAAGGACAAUGAACAAGCGAUCUAUAACAUAUUGCCUGCUUGGGAGUAAAGGGAAGAAGACACAUGCAGCAGCAUCUCAUGCACAAUUUACCUGCUUGAAAAGGAGAAUAAAUCAAGGACAAUAUAUGCAAACCCUCCAUAUAUUGCCUGCUUUGAGAAAUAGUUACGGGACUCAGAUGGGACAUUGAGUACAAGACAAGAAAAAAACAUCAGUUUUAUUGCCUGCUUGAUUAUAUAGAAAAAUACGAAAAUCUGCAUUAAAAAUAUUAAUCCUGCAUGCUGGACAUGUAUGGUAAUAAUUUCUAUUUUGUACCAUUUUCUUGUUUAACUUUAGCAUGUUGAUCAUCGAUCAUAGCUUUGUUUCAUUGAUAAAAAAAAGCAUCACAAGUUAUCAAAACUUUUUACGGCUUGUGCAGUUUUGUUGGGGUUUUUGUUUGUUUUUUUGUUAUAGUAGUUAGCUUGUAAAUAUCUGCCACAUCAAACAUCACAGGAAGGCAAAAUAACAUUUCAUCAGGCUGGGUAUAUGGUUUCUUAUUAAAGUAAGGAGAUAAAAAAACGUUAUGGGCAUUUUGCAUUUGCAUUCAGAAAACAACUUUGUAUAUUUGGUGCACUUUUAAGUUGUAUUUUUUUUCUUUGGUUUUCAUUUUGGUUUUUGUUUGUUGGGGCAGAAUAAAAGCAACUCCAUUGCAUUGACAAACCUAAACUUAAUAAUAGUGAGAGAGGCCAGCAGCCUAGACGCUAUAUCUUACUGCACAAUAUAAGUGACAGUGAACCCAUUAUUUUGUCUUCAGGGCAGUUAUCAGUUAGUAGUGCUCUUAGGUUUGGCCAUAUUUUCCUCUGAUUUAUUAUACACUCAGGAAACAAAGACUUUACAAUAUAUUUUCUUUUAAGAAAGACUUGAUUCUUGAUUUCCAGAACACAGGAUGUCCUAAGUCAGAUGCAAUCGCUGUAGGUAGCGCAGUACACACAACACCAACAACAUGUAUCAGUUCCUGUUCUGAUUUAAGUUAGGUUUAUCAAUGGCAACAAAGGAUGAAAGGGCUUGGAAUGUAUAGAAAACAAACGUUUUGAAAGAGACAUACUGCAACUUAAGUGUAUUAUUUUGCAAUGAUCUGUAGUCUGCUUCUCUGCUUCCCCAUGCAGCAAAAGUUCUAGCCAAAUUUCUUUGCAGUUGUAUAGUAGUAGUUUGGAGUGUUAUGGGUGUUAUUACUUCUUUUCCUCCUGCAGGUCAGAAAAAGGAUUUUACGUUGCACUGACAAAAAUACCAAAAUGAAAACUUAUUUUAGUUUCCUUUUAGGAUUGCUGGCACUGCUGGCCGGAUGCAUUUUAAGUUUGUAUUAGUUUAUAAAUUAACAGUAAUAACAAGAUUGUAAUGAACAGCAUGGUGCUUGCAGUUUUAAAUAUUGUGGAUAUUAGUCAUGCAUCAGAAAACGAUCUUUGGUUUUUACUGAUUCAACUGUGUUGAAAUCAAAACAUUGCAGCAGCGAAAAAAAAUUGUUUUUAUUUCAUGUAAAGUUCUGAAGGGAUCAAUUUGAAAUCCUGCUUAUGAUAUGAAAAAUAUUAAAAAACCUGGUCUAUUGUA